UCACACAAUUCUGUUCUUCAAUAUCAACUAAAGGCUACCGUGAGUGUUACAUUUGUAACUUUCAAUAUCAAAGUAAACAAUAGGUGCUCUCUUGUGAAGGGUGUUAUGUGAUGAAGUGAUAAGACGUUGCCAGAUUCUGAUGACUUUCUAUGAAAAUAGUUACAAUGACACUCAGAAGUUACACACUAAACGCUGUAAUGCCUGUCACACUUUCCACUCCCGAACGAGUACAGAGUAGAAUUUCUCUUUAGUAUGUCGCUUGACCAUUGCUGAAUUUCCAUUCUUGGUACAACAAAUUAAGGAGCUUUCAGUGUUCUGAGUAAACCAUAGAAGAUGGUAGACUUAUUCUAAACGCAUUACCCCAAAGAAGAAAGCUACCUGCUUAGGUAGUUGUUGCAGAAGAACCAUUAAGGGUAAAUGUUUACAUCCAUGUGUAGAUAUAACAAUAACAACUCAUAGAUUUGGAAGUAAAGCACAGUCUUACACACCUCAGGUACCUACUGCACUCAAGUGGAAGUAACGUGCAUGACAUCACUCCUACGUCAGGACCUUACGGAAAUACAGUGAAAAUAUAGUCGUCUUAAACCAACAGGAAGAGAAUGUCUUUCUAAAUUCAGGAUCAUACACAUUCAACUAGUCAUUUGGUGUUCAACCAAGAAGGGUAUCGUUAUUAGUUUCAGAAAGCAUUAUAUUUCGCAAACAUUGCCCUGGUACGUUUGGAUAGCACAAGGUGUUCGACGGAGGGACGCCGGACAAAAUGUCCCUCUUCCAGUCCGCAAUUGAUUUCCUCGCUGGGCCCGGUUCGGGAGGAGCUGCGAGUCGGGACCAGAAUGACUUUGUUGGGCAGAUUGUGGAGCUUGGUGACAUGAAACUUAGAAUUAAAAGAGUCAUUGCAGAAGGGGGCUUUGCCUUUGUGUAUGAAGCACAGGAUUUAGGUAGCGGCAAAGACUAUGCUCUCAAGCGGCUUCUGUCCCAUGAGGAGGAGAAAAACAAAGAAAUCAUCCAAGAAGUCUGCUUCAUGAAAAAGCUGUCUGGCCACCCCAACGUGGUGCAGUUCUCUUCAGCUGCGUCUAUAGGGAAAGAGGAGUCUGACACGGGUCAAGCAGAGUUCCUUAUCUUAACUGAACUGUGUAAAGGUCAGCUGGUGGACUUCGUCAAGCGGGUGGAGCAGAAGGGCUCCAUAUCAUGUGACACGGUCCUGAAGAUCUUCUACCAGUCCUGCCGGGCCGUGCAGCACAUGCACAAGCAGAAACCUCCCGUCAUCCACCGCGACCUCAAGAUUGAGAACCUGCUCAUCAGCCAACAAGGGACCAUUAAGCUGUGUGACUUUGGGAGCUCCACCACAAUAGCCCACUACCCCGACUACAGCUGGUCCGCUCAGAAGAGGUCCAUGGUAGAGGACGAGAUCACCAGGAACACUACUCCUGCUUACCGCACGCCUGAGAUGAUUGAUAUGUACUCUAACUUUCCCAUCAACGACAAACAGGACAUCUGGGCCCUCGGAUGCAUCCUCUACCUGCUCUGCUUCAAGCAACACCCAUUUGAGGAGGGAGCAAAACUGCAGAUUGUGAAUGGGAAAUACUCCAUCCCCCAGAAUGACGUGAAGUACACCGUCUUUCACGAGCUCAUCCGGUCCAUGCUGAAGAUCAACCCAGAGGAACGUUUGUCCAUCAGCGAGCUGGUGAACCAGCUGCAGGAGGUAGCUGCUGCAAGGAACGUCAAUCCCAAGUCCCCCAUCACCGAGCUCCUGGAGCAGAAUGGAGGCUACGGAAACAAUGGAGCCCAGCUUCCAGCGCAGAUCAACAACAUCCACAAUGCAGGGAUGUAUGGGUCAGAUCCUGACCAAUCAGGCAGCGGCUUUCUGGACAUCCUCAAAGGAGGGACCGAGCGCUUCCUGACCAAUAUCAAAGACACCUCCUCAAAGGUCAUCCAGUCUGUUGCCAGCCCCAGCUAUGCAAAAGGAGACCUUGAUAUUUCCUACAUCACCUCCAGAAUAGCAGUGAUGUCUUUCCCAGCUGAAGGAGUCGAAUCUGCUAUUAAGAACAGUAUAGAGGACGUGCGUUUGUUCUUGGACUCCCGCCACCCGGGUCACUACGCCGUCUACAACCUCUCUAAGCGUUCUUACCGACCCUCCAGAUUCCACAACCGGGUGUCUGAGUGUGGCUGGCAGGCGAGGCGUGCGCCCAACCUGAGGAACCUCUACAGCAUCUGCAAAAACAUGCACCAGUGGCUCAAGCAGGACCAGAGGAACAUCUGCGUCGUGCACUGUCUAGAUGGGCGUGCAGCCUCAGCGGUGGCCGUGUGCUCAUUCCUGUGCUUCUGCCGCCUCUUCACCACGGCCGAGGCGGCCGUCUACAUGUUCAGCAUGAAGCGAUGCCCACCGGGCAUUGCCCCCUCACACAAGAGGUACAUCGAGUACAUGUGUGACAUGAUGGCCGAGGAGCCCAUCAUCCCCCACAGCAAACCCCUCCUCAUCCACUCCAUCACCAUGACGCCCGUGCCCCUCUUCAACAAGCAGCGCCACGGCUGCAGGCCCUUCUGCGAGGUGUACGUGGGAGACGAGCGCGUGGCCACCACCUCCCAGGAGUACGACCGGAUGAAGGACUUUAAAUCAGAGGAUGGCCUUGCUGAGAUUCCUCUGAACGUCACAGUGCAGGGGGACGUGCUCAUUGCCAUCUAUCACGCCCGCUCCACACUGGGUGGCCGACUUCAAGCCAAGAUGGCCUCUAUGAAGAUGUUCCAGAUCCAGUUCCACACAGGUUUUGUCCCCAGAAAUGCCACAACAGUCAAGUUUGCAAAGUAUGAUCUGGAUGCCUGUGACAUCCAGGAAAAGUAUCCCGACCUCUUCCAGGUCAACCUAAAUAUCGAGAUGGAGCCUCAGGAUCGCCCCAGCAACAAAUCACCACCAUGGGAAACAUUUGCCACCAAAGGCCUCAAUCCCAAGAUUCUCUUCUCCAGCCGAGAUGAGCAGCAGGAGAUUCUCUCUAAGUUUGGCAAGCCUGAGCUCCCCAGACAACCAGGCUCCACGGCCUUCUACGAUGCGGAGUCGCCUCAGGCGGAGCAGACGCCCGACGACCCCAGCACGGAGCCAGAGUCCCCGCAGAGCACGGACACCAAUGCCAAUAACUUCUUCCAGACUCUCGACUGGCAUGAUGUUGGUGGUCAGCACGAUGCAUCGGACAGCUUGUCCGGCCACAUGGAUGACCAGGAAAAUCUGAGCGAUGCCUCAGAGGAUGAAUCCUACUCGUACUCGGGCCCUCCGGCCGAAGCGAUGUCCCGCGAUCCCAGUGAGGCGCUGUUCGACCCGGACUUCCAGUCUCCCACCCAGGACCCUGAGACCCAGCCCAGCGACAUGGUGGAUCUGCUGGGCCUGAACACCGACACUCCCUGCCCCUCGGCUCCUCCGCAGACCAGCGCUGACGGUGGCAUGAAGGCCGCCUCCAGCAACAGUGACCUCCUGAAUGACCUCUUUGCCCCUAUCGCGACAAGCGCACGACAAGACAGCACCGAUGACCUGAUUGGAGACCAAGCGGGACAGGACCUGUUCUUUGGCCACGCUCCCGGCAACAACUCGGCUGCAUCCCAGCCUCCCAAAAUGAAUGACUUUUUCGACCCGUUCGGAAUGGGAUCAGACACCUCCGCACACAGGCAGUCUGAGCCAGACCUGUUUGGUGACCUGCUUGGCUCCGAGGGCGCCGACACCACCUUCGCCUCCAGCAGCUCCAACCCACCCCCAGCCUCCAACUCUAGCCUCUUUGACCUCAAUAAGUUGGCCAGCGAGCCUCCCAAAAUGACCUCCUCUGCUAGCCAGCCAGACCUGUUGGGUGGAUGGGACAGCUGGGCGAAAGGUGGAACCAGCACAGCAGCCAGCAUGAACACUAUGUCCAGCAAACCUGCCUUUACUGCACCAGGCGUGUCCUCCUUCUCCAAGACCAAGUCACAAAGCUUUGAUCCCUUUGCUGAUCUUGGAAACCUGGGAUCCACAUUACCAGGUUCCUCCAGUGGGGGUUUCUCUGGUUCUGGGUUCUGCAUGAAGUCUGGGCCCUCUGCUGCCCCUAAAAGUGGAGGUACGCAGCGACAGGCUGGUGGCACUCAGGCAGGUCCAGGUAAAGGAUGGAUGCCCCCUGGUUCCGUUCCCAAGGCCCAGCCACCAAAAGCUGCCUCCCAGGCCAGCAGGCCGAACUACAACGUCAACUUCAGCGUCAUCGGUGGCCGGGAGGAGAGGGGCAUCAGAGGUCCAGGCUUUGGCCCAAAGCCUAAAGUGAAGCAGGAUGACUUUGAGGACCUGCUGUCCACUCAGGGCUUUGCCUACAAGCCGGACAGGAAAGGGCCCCGAACCAUCGCAGAGUUGAGGAAACAGGAGAUGGGCAAAGACAUGGACCCUAUGAAAGUCCAGAUCCUUGAGUGGAUCGAGGGGAAGGAGCGGAACAUCCGGGCCCUGCUCUCCACCAUGCACACCGUGCUGUGGGAGGGAGAGACCCGCUGGAAGCCCGUCGGCAUGGCCGACCUGGUGACCCCCAAUCAGGUCAAGAAGGUUUACAGGAAAGCUGUGCUCGUGGUGCAUCCUGACAAGGCUACGGGUCUGCCCUUUGAAGAAUACGCUAAAAUGAUCUUUAUGGAACUGAGCGACGCCUGGUCUGAGUUUGAGAACCAAGGAUCCAAGGCCCUCUUCUGAUCCCCUCUCCGGCCGCCGCACCCUGCGGGCAGCCGCUCUUUCCAGGCGUGUGGACUCCCUCUGGUGGUGGGGAGAGGGAGCCAGUGCCCACUGUUCUCACCCCCCACACACCUCUUAGCCUUCUUGAGUACCGGAUACUGCCAACUCCUCUGGGGACAGACUGCAGGAAGGAGGUGGGCACAGGCUCAAUGCCUGCGAGGAAAAUGAGGGUUCAGUUCGAGACAAUCAAAAAAAGAAGGAAUGAUUGAAUGGCUUGGAAAGAGCAUACUUCACACAUCUUCAGUGCAAAUGUGAAUUUGAAAUGCUGGUUGACUACACACGACGGGUCACGCCACGUCCCAUUUGGCGACAGACUGUAAAUAACUUCAUCACACUCCUGGGAUUAUGAAUGCCAGGCUGGGUGUUGGCCUUUCGGUCUUCGAGAGUGACUACGCUGUGUCAUGACGAUGUGUCACAGGUUAAACACACACACACACACACACACACACACACACAUUAUGCGCUGAACCUGGCAUCGUAGCUUACAGUCUGUGUCUGACACUGCGAAACAUUUGAUGUUGGGGUUGUAGUUUUGAGGUUAAGAAAAGAGAAAAGGAGAGGGGUAAUUCCACCAUGCUGUGUUUGGAGCUUUUGUGUUGAUUUAGUUUCUUCUUGCAAAUAUGAGUGCUAGUUUUCUAUUGCUUCAUUGUAAAUACUGUUUGGGUGGCGUGGACGGUGUGGAUGCAUAUUGAUAUUGCGCAUUGAAUGAAUGAAUGAGUGGAUGGAUGGAUGAAUGGAUGAAUGUAUGAAUGAGUGACUGAAUGGAAGGACUGCACCGAAUAGCCACCUUCUAAGACUUCUUCCCAUCAUGUCCUUGUUUUUGUGAUCGUUGGCCCACAUAUCCACUUUGGGCCUGCACUGUUUCUACCACCCGACCCAUUCACUAUUAUUAUUAUUAUUAUUAUUAUUAUUAUUAUUAUUAUGUGUAAGUGAGCAGGUGAGGUAUUUCCUGAAUUACGUCAACUCAACAUUUGAUUUCUGUCUUCCCUUCCUUCUUAUCUGGACCUCAUGGACCACAGACUUCUAUUUUCUUAUUUAUUUUUUUGGAAGGGAACAUAAGUAUACAUGAUAAUUAAAUAUUAACAAAGAAAACAAUCAUAAUAUAUAAAUUGAAUGUCUUUCAUGGAGGCUAACCUAACUUUAUGAGCCAGUCAUUUUACCAGGCAUUCCAAAGCAUCCACUAACAUGAAUGUGCUUUUUAUAAAAUGGCUGUGUGGAAUGUAUGUUCGCUCUCUUUUUUUCUUGCACAACAAACUGUUGUCCAUUCCUCUCACCAGUACAAUAUUUUCAACCAUACCCCACUGUCAUCGUAGCUGGCCAGCCACCCACCUUCCACCUGCCACCUUUUGUCAAUUUAAGCUAUGGACUAGCAAGCUGUGAGGAGGAUAUAAUGCCUGCACAGUGACUGGAAGAAAAGCUUAACCAAAAUCAGAUGUUUUUCUAUAAUGAAUGUUGUUUUCAGUGAUUUAUUCACCAGUGGGGAGUCAGAUAGAAGGAACUGAAAAUGACACAAACAAUUGCAGUUGUAAUUACUUAAAAUGUUGUGCUGCUUUUAUUUGUAAAGCAUAAAAAAAAUCAAAGACUUAUGCCAUUUCGAAAUAUUCAGAAUUGUCACAUUGUGUGUUCAAGUGCUGGAAUGUGAAAAACAGAAUGGAGACUUUGUUUGAUCAUACCUUGAGAUGCAGCACUGGCCGUGAAUAAGUGCUUAAAAAAAAUCAUUUAUCCUGAUAAAAGCCUUAAACUGUAUUUCCUGUUUUUUUCAAAUUCAUCUGUAUUUGAGCAUGCUUACAGAUCGUACACGCCUCUCAUCACGCACCAUCCAUUAUGGCAUUGCCUGGCUACACUUUUUAGUGUAAAUGCUAAAGGUGUUGUUAAAAUGAAGAUAAAAACCAUUGUUCCCAUAUAAGUGUGGGUUUUUGAAAAGUAUUUUGUGUUUGAAGAAAAUUAUUAUCCCUGGUUGGAUUGGGUGUGAAUGAAAUAACCCAAGACACAUUCCAAAUAAUGCAUCUCUCAUUAUUUACAGUCAGUGAGCGCUUUUUUUCUUUAUAUUGUUUUACUGACGGGUGUAACUGUGUUAUGUCGCAAAGUUGCACUGUCAUGCAAUAAGAGUGACCGGGUCUGUCGGUGAGUUAUCUCUUUGAGAUUGUUCACUGGCAUUCAAGUUGAAAUGUUGAAGUUCUAAACAAUUACAGGACCUCACGUAGCAGUAAACAUUCUAGAAUGAUUCAAGUGAGUGGGUGCAGUGUUCUUUUGGAAUCAGAGUGAUAAUUGGACCCUGUUGUGACCAAAAUAUUCAGGGCAUUGGGAUUUAGUUCUUUUGCUCUUAAUAUAGUAGACCUUGUGAUGCCCAGUGCUCAUCCCGUGUGUGUGCUGUGUGUUUUUUGUAAGCCUGUUGCGUCUGCUAAGUGAGACAAGUGAAGAUAAGCUUUCCGUUCUUAUUUCUGUUCACCUUGUGUAUCUUUACCUUUUUUAUUUCAUUUUCCAUUCUGUAUGUGACCAAUAAAAAAAAGAAUCAAA